UCGGAUGGAGAAGAUCCCUAACUAGAGCAGGCACAGAGCCAGGGAAUAGGAGCGGCAGGGAGAAGGACGUACCAACAACAGUAAAUGAAUGAACCAGGGGGCGGGGAGCGGAGAAGCGUCACGAGCAGUGGGCGGGGCCACGCACGAGGCGCUCCGGGAUGACGCCAGAGCGACGGCGCCCGUGGGAACCGCGUGAGGAGUCUGCGGCCCCCGGCCCCGGGGAGGGCGCAGGAUCGACAUUUGUGGAGCUGUAAUUCCUGCAUCAAGGAUUUAUUAACAAACAAGGAUUUGGUGGAAGAUUUAAAGGGUGUGAAAGUUGAAAUCAGCAGAGCUGCUGCCCAACAUAAUAUGACAAUGGAGAAUGUAUUAGACCCUUCCAAAGAUGACCUGCCUCUCAUGGCCAACACUAACCACAUACUUGUAAAGCACUAUGUGUUAGAUUUGGAUGUGGAUUUUGAGAGCCAUGUCAUUGAAGGUGCCAUCAUCAUCUUCCUUGAGCCUGGAAGUGGAUGCAAGAAACUGAGUGGUGCUGAUGGAGGAGCUGGCCAGUUGGAGUCAAAUCAGUCCAACAAAGUUGAGACGUCUCAACCUUACCACAUUCCAGGUGGAUUUUCAUCCGAAAUGAGAUCUCAAGAUUUUGCUGACUGUGAUAAAAGUGAAAAGAACGCUUCUGAUAGAAAUGGUAACCAUAGCAACAGAGAACAAACUUAUGGGAUUUCUAGUUCAAAGAACUUCUGUGACCCAGGGAAUCUUGGAAGUGAGGAUUUUUUGCUUAUACUGGACUGCUGUGAUUUAACCGUGUUAAAGGUCGAGGAGGUAGAUGUUGCUGCUGUGCCAGGUAUUGAAAGAUUUACAAAGUUUACCAAGCAAACUGAUGUUUCUAAGGAGCUUAAAAAUCAGAUUGUGCAUGAACUUGUAACUCUCCCUGCAGAUCAUUGGAGGGAACAGUUAUAUUAUUAUGCUUGCUGCAGCCAAGCUCCUGGCUGUGGAGAACUUCUGUUCACCUCUAGCACCUGGAGCUUAGAAAUCAGGAAAAUGGGGGUUACAACAGCCACUGACUUUCCUCACAUCUUAAGAAUAUGGUACAAAACAAAGCCUGAGGGAAGAUCUGUUACAUGGACCACAGACCAGAGUGGCAGGCCAUGUGUUUAUACUAUGGGAUCCCCAAUAAACAACAGAGCCCUUUUUCCAUGCCAGGAGCCACCAGUUGCCAUGUCAACAUGGCAGGCUACAGUCCGAGCAGCUGCAUCUUUUGUUGUUUUAAUGAGUGGGGAAAAUUCUGCCAAGCCAACACAGCUUCAGGAAGGGUACUUGAGCUGGAAUUAUUAUGUGACCAUGCCAAUGCCAGCAUCUACCUUCACAAUUGCAGUUGGAUCCUGGAAAGAAGUGAAGCUGGAGCCCUGUUCACUGAAUGAACCAUCAACUGUGACAUCUUUUUCAUCUUCCGAGGCAGACUCUAGGUGUACCAGUUGGGUGUGUGGCCACAUGGAAUACCCCUGCCACUUCCAGAAUCCUGGUGCUGCUUCUCAAGCAAUUAUUCCUUAUCGGGUGUUUGCACCAGAAUGUCUCCAACACUUCUGUGAAGAGAUCCUGCUUCAGCUUAUUCCUCGAUGCCUCUCAGCAGCACAUGCAACCUUGGGAACUCACCCUUUCUCUAGGCUUGAUGUGCUAAUUGUCCCUGCCAAUUUUGCAAGUCUGGGGAUGGCCAGCCCACACAUCAUCUUCCUGUCUCAGAGUGUCUUACCUGGAGGGAGCCAUCUCUGUGGAACACGCCUUUGCCAUGAAAUUGCUCAUGCCUGGUUUGGUUUAGCAAUUGGGGCUCGAGAUUGGACUGAAGAAUGGCUAAGUGAAGGGUUUGCCACUCAUUUGGAAGAUGUAUUUUGGACUGAAGCCCAAAAGUUAUCAUAUGAUGAAGCUAAGGAGCAGCAAGAGUUGAAGGCUUUGCUCCGAUGGCGCAGACUUCGAGAUGAAGUACAGAACUCCUCAGAAGAGAUGCAAGUGUUAAGGCCCAAUAGAGAUGAAACGGGACAAGUGAGUGAAUCAGGAGCUUCAGUUGUCAAAUAUGGACUUAAUCCAGAAAAGAUCUUCAUGCAAGUCCAUUAUUUGAAGGGCUAUUUUCUUCUGCGGUUUCUAGCCAGUAGGCUUGGAGAAGAAACGUUUUUCUCAUUUUUAAGAAAAUUUGUACACAAAUUCCAUGGCCAAUUGAUUCUUUCUCAGGAUUUUCUUCAUAUGCUGCUAGAGGAUGUCUCAGAAGAAAAACGGUUUGGCCUGUCUGUAGAAGAUAUUUUUCAAACCUGGCUCGAUACUUCUGGAAUACCAAAGCCAUUGCAAGGAGAAACUCAGACUUGGGCGGAGAGUCGGCUUGUUCAGCAAGUAAAUGAUGAGGUCACAAAAUGGAUCCGAGUUAAUCUGAGAGCCAGGAAAAGAAGAAGGAGGGAGCAUGAAGAAGUUUUUGAAAAGCUUCUUCCAGACCAGCUGGUCUUACUUCUGGAGUCUCUGCUAGAGGAGAAGACAUUGUGUCCCAGAAUUCUGCAGAGUCUAGAGAAAACGUACCACCUCCGGGAGCAGGAUGCAGAGGUUCGACAUCGUUGGUGUGAACUUGUUAUUAAGCACAAAUACACUAAAGCAUAUGAAGAUGUUGAAAGAUUUCUUCUGGAGGAUCAGGCUAUGGGUGUGUAUCUCUAUGGUGAAUUGAUGGUGAGUGAGAAUGCAAAGCAACAACAACUCGCUCACAAGUGCUUUGAGAUGACCAAGGAAGACAUGGACAGAUCAUCAGCCAAGGUGGUAGCAGAAAUGUUAUUUUAAAGAGUGGCUAAGUUCUGCACCUGAAGAGAAGGUGAGAUGGGAACCUUAAACGGGAACUGACGAGGCUCUGAGAUCGUUGGCCGAGCCGCCCCGCUUAGGAAGUGGCCAUUGUCUAAGAGAUGAAGAGCAGGAAAAAAGACUGAAAACUUACUGAAGAAUGUACUUCACCCUGUCAGGAAUAUGAGGAUCUUCCGCAAGUCCUGAGGCUUGUCUACAUCUCAGGAACCUGUGCUGAUUAGUUUUGUCUGGAAGGUAAAAUCUACUUGGGUAUAAAGGAACUAUUCUUAUGAAAACUUGAGCUCUCCAGAAAAGUCAUGGAGGUCAGUGAAAGCUGUGUAAUGGUGUGUGGGGGUAUGUUACGCCUCUCAGAGGAUUGCUUGUUAUCCGAUUUGAUGGUUUGGCAAAAUGUCCUUUCUGUUUAUAGCCUCUACUCUUUCUAGUCUUCUCCAGUGAUUGGCUGGUUCCCAGCGGAGCUUCCAGGUAGCAGGUAGCAGGGCUGCUGUUCUGAGCUGUGGAUUGGACCCGCCCUCCGGUGCCUACUGAGCUGAUAACAGUUCUGAUUUUACACACUGGCUCAGUUCAGCAGGAACAGGAGUCGAGCCCGAGAGCAAAAAAGACUACGUCCCUUUUGUAAAGGGCACAGAUGCUGACCAGAAGCCAUACCUGGCAGGGUGAAGAUGGCCCCAAGCGCCUACUGCAGCAGCCUGAUGGAAAUGGCUAGUGUUCAUAGAAUAAGGGGACCAAAAAACUGAAUGUUUAUAUGAGAUACUUUGGUAUAUGUUGUUUUCAGAAUCACAAAUAUAUGCAGAUGUGAAGAGUGUAUGUAAGCUUCUAAACCAUGAAUUUGAUUAACUUACAAUGAUUUUUUUAAAGCAAUAUAUAGACUAUAUUUCUUUGUCUCCUGUUGCUUACAUGCUCUAAAAACCACAAAGACAUAUACAGGUGUUGUUCUAUGGUGUUUCUACCAAAUGAAACCUUUGCUGUAAUUUCUUUCAUCUUAUAACAGUCCAUGGGAUGGUCAAGCUCAUGUCAUAUAUUUUGAAUGCAAAGCAGUAGGAUUGCAAAUUCCAGACUUAAGAGUUACGGGCUGUAGACACCAUUCUUUUCCUGUGCCCUCCAAUGAAUCUUUUUUUUCUCAAAGCCAAGUGGCAAGGAAUACAAAGACACCUCUUUAUUGAGACUCUUUACAAGAAUUCCUUCGUUGGGACUGAGUAAUAAAUUUUAUUGCUGUUUCCUUUGCAGGAAAGAUCACAGAGAGAUUCUUUUAAUAUAUCUACUCCUAAACUCUGGUGGUACUAGGAUUUCAUUGACCCUGGACAUCAAAGGAAGGAUUAUAUGACUGCUAAAACAAUCAGCUGACAAGAAACAUUUAUUUCUUUUUUGCUUAUCUCUUCCAUAGGCUUCUUUCAACUGAACAUAUAGAAAAAGAAACUCCACAUACGUUUACAUAUAUGCUCCCACAUAGGACCUCAUUGUGAGAGCUCCAGCUUAUUCCACACAUGUCCUGAAUUUUUUGUGUGCGAUUCAGAUCUGCCAUGACAAUCUCUAUGCAGACAUGCAAGCAUCUGGUAAAACCUACUGAAAAGAGCUGGUUCCUUCAACAUGUGGGACUGAAUAGAUAGAGUUCAAAAUUUCCAGGAAGAAAGCACAGUGGUUUCUAUCUAGGGGGGGCCAGCCAGUGGCCAGAUGUAUUUGGCGCAGUUCUUCUAAGCCAUUUCAGCCAAUCAUGCCCAAUUUGUUUUCUGUGGAUAUCCAUGUUUGGAAUUUUGUUCUGAAUUUUUCCAGGUAUUUUUUAAAGGGCUACUCAGAGAUACAGAAUAAGUUUAAAAUGUUCUCCAAAUAAAAUACAACUUACAAAAAUGUUUCACUCUUAAGAGGUUUCUUUACAAACAUUACCUGAAUUUUAGGAGAUUUUUGAUGUUUUUAGAGAUCUUUCAAAUGAAAAAACUUAGUGGAUUAUUUAAUAUAACUUGUAUUGAAAGGGAAACAGUUUCUUCUAAUUUGAUAAGGACUCCAAUUGGGUAACAACACACGUGGAUUUAUUUCUUCAUUUCUGUGGGAAGAGAUAAAGACAUGAUUUUAGACCUUAAUGCAGAAGGAACACUUUCCUUCUCUUGCCUAAGGAGAGAUAAGCUGACCACACUUGACUUGGGACUGUUGGACAGACUACUGGUGCUUUGAAUAUGCCAUGGGAUCUCAGGAAUCACCAGCUUGUGAUGACUACAUCAGAAUCCAGCUCUCUCUUGAGCCCCAGAGCAGGAAUGGAAAGCUGAACCUUCAAAGGAAAAAAAGUUUUUGUUUUAAGAGGGUAGGAUUUGCCAGGGGCCCUUUACUUUCAGUCUUAUUAUCCAGUUAUAUAUAAAUAUACUUUAUACUUUAGAAGCCCUUUGUGGGUGAAGCAUCAGGUCUCAACUAAUUUGCCCCUAAUACUCAAAGAAGAUUUUCCUCCAAAGAUUUGCCUUGUUGAGUUUAUAAAUAACUACCUGUGUUUACCAUAUUCAAAUCUCUUUAAUAAUCUUAUGUAUCACAGUGGUAGGGAAAAUGGGAAAAUUUGGUAUAUUGUUGGUUGUUUAUUUGUUUUUUUUUUAAAUAAAACAAACCUAUUUUUCUACGAUGACAGUAGAAUAUUUUUUUCCUUUAGUAUUGUAUGUCUGUGAGUGACUGAUGUGAAAUGAGGAAGGGGGUGCACUAUGUGUAAGGCAAAGAAAACUUUUAUUUUACAUCAUGUUUCCUUGUCACUUUUUCCAUUAUUUACUGAACUCAGAUCAGCAUCUUCCUCCAAUGGAAUGGUAGAAACUAAACAUCCCAGUGUUUCCUUUCCAGAAAUCAAAGCCAAACCUCUCUUUCUGCCCCAGUCAUUAAGGCAGAGUCCUGCUGAUGAUUUGGGUAGUUUUGUACACAGGGGUCUUUUUUAAUCCCUUUUCUCUUUUAUGCCAUGUUUUACCAAAGUCCCCAAACUUGCUUUUAAUUACCUGGGUUAUGGCCAGUCAGCAACUUUAAAGUUCAGUCUUUCAAACUCAGUAAGGAUUAGGAGAUAGUUCCCUAUCCUGCUGAGCCAGCUCCUACACUGGCUACCAAAGUAGUUGUGCCAUCAAAUGGACUUACAGACUGCUAUUCAUUAGAGUUUUAUGCCCCAUUUCACAUGUUUUCACAGAGAUUAUGUGGAAUACAGCUUUUGCUACUUCUCCUUUGUGGAAAUAGCAAAAACUUAGAAAAUCUUCCAGGUCUAAAUACUAGAAAGGGAUUCAGAGAGGACACGCAUGUGACUGCCUUUAUAUACUAAGGAUUUUCUUGGAAGCAACAUAAAAAACAGGAUUUUAAAAAUAAAAAAAACCCUUUCAAAAUUAAAUCCAGUAGAUCGGAAUACUUCCUGCCCUUUUUUAUUUUACAACUUGUUUUAAAACAUUUAUUGUCAAUAAAAGAUAUCUGUUCUGGCUUAAAAAUUAUCCCACACCAACUUUAUGAUAUUACUAGAGAGAGCAACAGGCAAAGGAUAACUUUAAAAUAAAAAUUGAUAGCCUGGCUUAGAAAUUACCAUGGUUCAUCCUUUUAUCCUUGAUCCUAAAGCCAUCUUGAUUAAUAUGAGUUUUUCAUAGGAAGCAUUAAUGUAAUUCUAAUUCAUAGCAUGUUUAAAGAGAACUUGGAUAUCAUCUAGCCUCAGAGUUCUUAACUAGUUAUUUUUGUGUCAUGGACCUCCUCUGGCAUUCUCAUUAAACCUAUGCAUCCCUUUCAGAAUAACAUUUGUAAGUGCACAAAAUAUCUUUUGUAGGAAACCAACAUAACAUAAUAUAGAUUAGAACUGGAAAGAAUCUUUAGGGGAUAACAAGAGAACCAAUGUAGUUUUUUAGAUAAAGAAUUCCAAUUGACCUGGAAUCUUUUUCUCUUCUUCUCUUUACUACUUUUGUAUUUUGUAUUUAUUGUGGAACAGAAUUUGUUUGUUUGUUUUUUUUUACUUCAGAUAAUCUGAGUGGAAGAAGAGCUAUUGCACACAAAUAUAAAAGCACUACAUAUCACUUUUACUGGAAAUUAAUUUUUACAUUAGGUAGGACUGUACAGAAGUGAUGCAGAAUUAUUAGAAAUAAUACCAUAUACAGUUACAGCCUGAUGUGAAUUCUAUUCAGAACAAGAGAGAGGAGUACACAAAGUAGCUAUCAAGACUUUAUUUCCAAAGUCAGCAGUAAAAGCGGCAGCAUGCAAACGAAUAUUGGAAUUAAUUACCUUCCGGGGGGAGGGGAGGGUGCUGCUGCUGCCCACGUUGCAUUCUGGGAUCUUUAUCUUUUAAUUUUCAAUAGUAUCUUAUUUUUCCAAAUAGAUAUA